AUGUUUGAAAGUAAGAGCGAUUUGAUAGUUGAAAACUGUUUGAAACACUAGGUGCCGGAUAAUUUGGAAGAAUUCAGUUUUCAAAUAGAGGAGUGGAUGUACAAGCAAAAAUCAAACAGAGCCUUAUUUAUUAGUGAAGAGGAUGGGAAUGAUAUUUAAUUUUUGAUAUCUCAUUGGAUAAAGAAAAUGAAUGUAAACAUAGAGAAUGCAUGAUUUAGAAAGAUUUGAUCAUACCCUAUUUUGUAGAACAUGAAAAUUAGAAUUAUCACCAUGCUAUAUAUUAUGUGUUAUCUAGAUUGAAAGUAUAAUGGUUGUUAAUUGAAAUUAGGCAUAGUUCAAUAUUUCACAGAGGGUGGAAAUCGAAGGUGAGAAAUUAAAGUAGUUCUUUUAAUAUUGGUUAGAAUUCUAUAAUAGGGAAUUGCAAAAUCAAGUCUUUUGUGAAGCCAAAUGUGUGUAUAAGAGAGUAUCAAAUAAUUAUAAAAUCAAGCUAAUUCUAAUCUUUUAGGGUAUUGAUCGAUUCAGAGAUUCAAAUGGAGAAGUGAGAGUAUCCUAUUGGUUGCCAAAAGUUCUCCCAGAAAACAUCAAGAUUAUAGUCACAGGUAAAACUGAUUCAAAGGCAUUUGAAUAUUACAAAACUUAAGGUGGAUCCAUCGUAAAUAUGUAAAUUUGAGCAUUAUGAAAGUGAUUGGAGUAAGAAUGAAUACUUGGAACGCCUAAUAACUUUUGAUUCUCUCUAUGUAAUAGUGCAUUCUAAUUUGUUAUUAGCGAAUGUAUAGGAGAAUGCCUCGCAAAUUACAAGAAUAAACUCUCUUUAGUAUGAGUUUCGAAGCCAUCUUAACGAAUUCGUCAGAUGAAUUUCAAAGCAUCAACAAAGAUAUCUUUAUGCAUCUUGAAAGUAAGGGUAUUUCAACUAGAAGUAGAUGUUAAAAAAGAGAGUGACUUUUAUAAUUUAUUGAUCUCUGCAUUUUUGAAAUACUAUCCAGAAAUACACUAUUCGUAAAUGUUAAGUGUUUUGACAUAUGUAUUUAAGGGUAUUUCAAUUGAAGAAAUUGCCUAAAUUUGCAAUUGCGAUAAAUAAAAUUUCUUGGUUGUUUAUGAAUUUUUCAAGGUACUGAGUCUAAUAUAAGGUAGAUCUUUUUGAUGGAGAAACAAUAGAUUUACUGUAUAUUUAGUUUGGUCUUCAAAAAUGUCUUGAGCAAUUACUUUCCCCACAAUAAGACUUUAUUCUAAUCUUUCAUAAUAGUUAUUGAACACUCACAGAAUUCCAUUAGGAAAUUGGAAGAAUUGAUAUAUCAAUAUUCUAAAGGGAAGAGAUAUUUCAAGUUGAAGGAGGUGCUGAUUAAUAUUGAGAGUUUUCUAUUAUAUUGCACUCCUUAUCAUAAAUUUGAGUUGUGUCAUUUAUGGCAGACUCUGGAGUAGAAUGGCUACGAUUUGGUGAUGGAAUAUAAUAAGGCAGUCGAUAAUUUCUAGGCCUUUUACAAACCUACAAACGAAGGGCUGUUUUAUAUAAUCCUCUAGAUCAGUAGGUUUCUGAGGGAGUAUAGUAUUUUUGAGAAGUAAUUAAUGUCGAUAAUGAUUGUAGUGAUCAUACGCCACCUUACAAACACCCAUAGUUAAGGGGACAAUCAAUUGAUUUUGAUGAGAUUGGAUUGUAUAAUGAAUUGAAGGAGUUAAAGAUGAUAGCUAAGAAAAAGAAGAAGAUAAUGAACGAAGAAUACUUCCCUUCAUAAAUCACUAAUAUUGAAACAUUGAAUAUGGAUAUCAAGGCGAAUCGAGAUUAUUUUAUCAAUUAUUAUAUGAGUCAAUUUGAUUAAGGUUUAGUGUAAGAAUAUAUCAAUACUAAAUAAGAAAAUGUGUUAGAUAAAAUAAUAAGGAAUACAAGAAAUCAGCAAUUCUAUUAUUAUAAAAGGUGGGUUUGGGUGCAAUUUCCUUGGCUCUCAUUGACUCAGAAGAACAAUUAUUCAAAAUUAAUGGAGUAGUACAGCAUCAAUAGCAUUCCUCUUUAGGAUGAAUUGUAACUCAAUCAGAAGGCUAUCAAAUUGGCCUAAAUUGCCAAACAGACAUAGCAAAUGAAGGAGCAUAAUUGUAAUUAUAUGAGUGAGCCUUCUUAGCAUCAAAAUUGCCAUCGAUAAACUCGAGUAUCAGAUAAAGGAGGUAUAGUCCUUUGGAGAUAUCGAGAAUCACUAACAUCCCAAAAACUCGAGCAGACAGUGAACAUACAAAAUCGACUGAGAGGAGUGUAAAGAAAUGCACGUUGCCGAGCAUAUAGAAAAUGUAAUAUCAAAAGAAGCUAGAUUAAAUUGUUUACUAAAAGUAUAAUUGGUAUCACUAUUAUUUUAGUUAGGUAUUGAAGAAUCGAUUGAAAGAGUACAACACAAUUCGAUAGAAUCUGUAUCCAGAUGAGUUGAGUGCUGAAACUCAGAAGGCUCUUGAAACUACAAAGAAAUUAUCUGAAGAGUUGAAGAAACAACAGGAGAACUUAUAGGUAAUUCAACAAGAGAUGAAGAGAAUCAAUAUCAUUUGGAAGUUAUGUCAAUAAAAUCAGGAUUGCAACGAUAGGGCUUAGUAAUUGGUAUAGCAUUCUAAGAAUUUGGAUCGAUUGGUUUAAGAGUAAGUGAUUUGGAUCAAAGAUUGCAAUGAGAAAUUAGGAGAGAUUAAGUUAAAACAGAAGAUCGAGUUGAAGAAACAAUAAGUGGAGAAGAAAUAACAAUAAUAAUAAUAGUAAUAAUAAUCAUUAAGAAGAUUUACCUUCAUCUAAAAUAUGCCAACUUCUGCAGGGAUGUUAUCUAACAUUGACACUUCAUAUAUCUAAGAUUCCUACAAAAAACAAUUAUAAAUUAGCAGUAGUCUCAUCAAUGAAACUAGCGAAACCAGAAUUAAGUUUGUAAGGUUGAAGACUGGAAAAGUGGAAGAUCGGUUAGACUCUCACACUUAGGAACUUGUCACAUAAUUACUCGAUCUAGGUAUUGAAGAUGUCAAUAAAAACAAAUCUAAAGUGAUAGAGUUUUGUGACAUGAUCACUAAGCAUGAUGAAUUGCAUCUAGAAAUAUAGAACAGAGAACAACGGCUGAUGCAUUUGAGAAAUAGCAAAUAAGAACUCAUGAUCUUUGUCAAGGUAUUUCUUAAAUGGAAACUAGAUAUUGCAAACACAAAAGAAACCCAAAAUAUCCACCAAUAACGACCAAUACUAUUCUAGCUAUCAAUAGGAUGAUGUGAUCAGAUAAAAUGACUACAAAAUUCAGAACUUAAAAUAGUUAUAACAACAUUUGGCUGUCAUCAAAUUCUAUAAUAACAAUCUACAUCAAUUAUUUCAAUCCAUACAAAAGGCAGAUCCUAAUAUUUCAUAAAUUACUCAACUUUUGCAGAAGAUGAUAUGA